CAACAAACACCUAAGAAUACCCCAAAUAGACAACAUGGCUAUGCGAAACAACAUGGAGGGGAUCUUGAACACCUCUAAAUAUCAUCUUGCACCUGUCUCUUCUGACGCUCCACUGAUGGGAGCGCGAGCCUGACACGCACCGAGUGGCAAGGCGCGCACGCGGGUGCCGCCGGUAUUCCCCUGUUGGUAGAAUAAAGCCAGCGCGUGCUGUUACCGCCAGGGGAUUGGAGCAAUGACUUGUCAGUAAAGUCACCCACCCUCUGAGUAUCUCAGACAGAGUUAGAAGUGUUUGAGACACAGAGCAAGGCGGCGAGACACUGGGAUAACCGAUAUAACCAGACCGGGACAGAACGACACCCAAGUCCCAGGGAGAUGGAGGAGGAGAUGCUACCAGCAGACGAAGGUCUCUCUGCGCCCAAAAUCUGCAGGCAGCAGCAACACAGAAGCCCGUACAGCUCCCUCAAGACCUUUCAGAGCAAGCGCGCGGCGGGCAAGGCGAGAUAUGACAGACCCACAAUGGUGGACAUCCCGCAACUCGCAGAGCAUCCUCAUCACCUCAGUCAUCAUCAUCAGCAGUAUUCACAGCGGGCGCCGCUUCCUCAAGCUUGCCUCUCCAUCAGUAGCAGUCAGCAGCACCGUCUCCCCUGUGAAGUCAGGCCCAGCAGCAGCAGAGUCGCGACAUCCAGCGCGGCGGCAUCAGCGGUGAGCGCCGCGGCAUCAUUCGGCUGCCAGAGGAGGGUCGCCGGCCAGGAGUCGGGCAGAUACCCGGCGGGUCGCGCCGAGAUCAGCCACCAGUCUCCAGACUGCACGUAUGGAAUAAGCUCAGAAAACCGGCUCAUAUUGGAUGCGUUUGCCCAGCAGUGCAGUCGCGUGCUCGGCCUCCUCAACAGCAACGGACGGCUCCUUGAGCCCCAGCCUUCCCUGGCCCAUCCAUCCUCUUCCAUCUCCACUCUCAUAAAACAGGAGGACAGCUGCCCAUCUCCCGCUUCUAAGCCCAGGUCGGAGGACUCAUCUCUGGAGAACGCAGGUGAGGAGACCCAACGGGGCAACCACUGGAACCAGCAGCAGACUUCCGCUUUCCUCCGGAUUUUCACAGAGUCGCUUCAGAACUACCUUCUAUGCGGACCCCAGUCAUCGGACAGUGAACGGGGUCGUACAGUAGACGCUGAGCCGGUAGCAUCGGGGUCCCCCAGGCAGAACAUGGGUGGCUGGACUUCACCAGCACCGUCAGAGUCCUACGGACACCCUUCGUCCACACUGCCCGAGGAAGACGAGGAGGAGGAAAGUUGUUGUCCACGCUGUAUGGAGCUGGAACAGGAAGUUCUUAGUCUACAGCAGGACAAUGAGGAACUGAGACACAAACUGGACAACAUACCAGCUCCUUGCCAGAAUGUUUUGGACUUCUUUAAGACUGUUCUUCAGCACUACAACCAAUUUGUGCAGCCCCAGUCCGAAGAGCAGCUUACCGAGGGCAGUAAACAGCUACUGGGGAACUAUCCUCUUUUCAUCACCAAUAAGCAGUGGGACGAGGCUGUCAACUCCUCAAAAAAAGAUGGCCGGCGGCUCCUGCGUUACCUUAUCCGGUUUGUGUUCACCACAGAUGAGCUGAAAUACUCAUGCGGUCUGGGGAAGAGGAAACGUUCGGUACACACAGGGGAUACGGGACCGGAGAGACGGCCUCUUAACCCCGUCAAGGUCACUUGUCUCAGAGAGUUUAUCCGGAUGCACUGUGCUUCUAAUCCUGACUGGUGGAUGCCCUCUGAGGAGCAGAUAAACAAGGUCUUCAGUGAUGCAGUGGGGCACGCGCGGCAGGGCCGUGCUGUGGGCACUUUCCUGGGCAACGUGGGCAGCGGCAGCAGCAGCAGCGGUAGUUUAUACAUGGAGAGCUAUGACGGGCAGCUCUCUCAGGAUGAUCUCUAUCUCAAGGGCACACAGAAUGGCCUGGGGGACUAAAGAAGAGACAUACAUCCAGUGUUUUCAGCACUCAAGUCGUGGAUCAAGAUGAGGAGUGAGCCGUACUGUCAGUCCAGAUCAGCUCAGACAGAGAUUGCAGCACUUACGGAUAAAUAUAAUCCUUAUUUCUUCCUGUCAAUAAUACAUUCCAGGGAGUUCACACCUACCCGGUGAAUUAUGUGGGAUUCUUCCAUGCUUUGUUGUAGAACUCUGUGGUAAAUGGUUAGUAGUCACUAGAAAGCAGAGUUGGUUGGAUGCUUCAAAAUAUCAGGUUUGUUAUUUGCUCCUUUUCCAAAUUCGUUCCAUCGAAUGUGAUUAAGAACAUGAUCCACUAUAGCAACAUGAAUGUAUCCGUUCUUGUGUCAGAUUGGUCAGAAGUUCAUAAAGACGGCCUAUAAGUGAGGUGCUAUUAUGAUGUUCUGUUAUUCUGUCUGAUAAGGUUGAAUUUAAAGUCGAGCACCCUAUUUUAUUAUCAUGUGAUGUUGAAUAAUCUGUGACGUUCAUAAAAAAAAAAAAAACUCUGAUGUUGCAAAAAUCAGUUUCUUAGUGGCUGCAGGAUGAAAAUACUCAAUUUGUCCGCAUCGAUGACUGCAGGUACACUAAUCUGUCAUAGGCAAUUAUUUGUUGUUUGGCUUCCUUAUCUUUCCUCUGACUUUAAAGGUCCAACAAGGAGGCAAUGCUGUUUGGAAUUUGUGUUGCUGCUAGUUCAAGAUCAUGUUUAAAGGAUCAACCCGACAUCAUUUAUUUAUAUUCUGUGUGACUGCAUAGAAACUACAUGAAAUGCCUUAAAAAGAGACACCAUCUACCACUAGGAACUACAAAUACUGCCAAUUCAGACUGUUGAUAAUCUCUUGGUGUUCAUGUUUAUUAGUGGCCUCUGGCUGUUUGGGUUUUCAAACAAAAGAAAAAUGGGUUUGAGAACUGACCAUCUUUCUUUAAUGCCUUAGACAAAAUUUCCGUCUGUGAAAAUGUUUAUACAUCCAGGUCAUUGUGUAAUGUCUGGUAGAAUUUAGUCAAAUGUCAUUUAACAUUUUGAAUUCAUUCUCCAUGGCACUUCAUCAGAUAUCAGAUGGUUGGAAAUCCCCAGCAUUUAAACCUGUUCACACAUCAAAACUCGUAAACAUUGAGGGAGUUUCUUAUCUAAAGAUCUGUGGUCUUGUUCAUCUGCUACUAAUGGCUACUGAAUCGCAGUACAAGUUCACAUGUUCAUGUUUCAGCUUCAUGCCAGCGAUUCACAAACAUUAAACGGCUGAUAACGAGAUGUGUCGGAGUGGUGUAAAGUCUUCAAAAUGUGUUACUACCAAGUUGAUGUUGCCUUUGACUACCAGACAUACAAAAGCUUCUGUUGUUGUGAAAUGUAGCCUGUUGUGAUUGUACAAAUCCAUGUUGAUUGGAAAUUGUUAGUCUUCUAGUCUAUUCAAAGAAUGUGUCAACACUGUGAACCCCACCAAAAGUGAUGAGACUGUUUCCCCCCCUACUUAUUAAUGAUAUUUUCUUUUGAAACAGAUGCAUUUAUGUAAUGUGAACAAAAAUGAAAAAAAGAAAAUGAAACAAAAAACUGAUUCAGACAA